AUGCAACACUCCACAUUACCAGACGUGGGUAGCUCUUUACUUGCAACAACGCAUUUCAUUCGGCGCGUGUUUCGAGUCUUUCUCGUACAACAAAGACAACCUUUAUUGGGCAAUGGCUUAAUGCUGGUUGAGCUAAGAAUGUGUGGAUUAAUCAAGAACCAAGACCGUACUUCAAGAAUGGCCUAUGCUGCUGAGUGUGGAUAUGUGGAUCAGCAAGGAUGUGGAUCAGCAAGGAUGUGGAUCAGCAAAGAUGUGGACCAGCAAGGAUGUGGAUCAGCAAGGAUGUGGAUCAGCAAGGAUGUGGAUCAGCAAGGAUGUGGAUUAAUCAAGGAUCAAGACCGUACUUCAAGGAUGGCCUAUGCUGCUGAGACGUAUGCACGUGCUACUUGUUGCCGUAAAGAAAACUUUGGGUAUUCUUUGGGUAUUCAACCGGUGGGUGCUGUCGUUCGCUUGAAACUCUGUCAGCUCUUCAAGAAGCAUGGUGUUCAAGAUGACUGUGGAUCUGUGGACAUGUGGAUAUGUGAAUCAGCAAAGAUGUGGAUCAGCAAAACACUCUGGAUAUUUGUGACGAGGCGAUUGACGAGUGGUGCCGAGUACGAGUACGAGUACGAAUGA